UUUACGAAGACAGCUGUUAAAUUAAUCACCAUGAGUCCGUAUUUUGUAUUGUCAGCUAUAUUAUUUGUUAAGAUAGCAGCAGCGCAAAGGGUCAUCCAGCCACCAUGCCAGACUGCCCAGAACAUCUACCAGCAGAUCCAACAGGUCCCCACAUCCCUGGCAGCACCUUCCGUCUCCAAUGACUACUCCAUCGAACUCUGCAAGAAUUUAGCCACAGCCGUGCAAUCCAUGGUCCUCAACAAGCUGACAAGGAAUGCUUACAGAAAACCCGUGUUUAACCAAAUAGCUGGGCCAUUGCUGAACGAGAUUUCAUUACGGCUGCAAAACAGCCAAUGCCCUGCUUGUGGAAAUAUUCCUGUUCAAUCUGUCAUUAAUAGUAUAGGGAACCUCCCGAUCCAAUCUUUGCUUUCCAACAAUGUCCAGUCUUUAAAUAAUGUGCCAUCUUUGGUCAGAAAUGUCCCAGUGCAGUCUUACAAGACAGUUCAGAACCCAUCAUGCGGGUGUCAGCAAGCCACCCCGUGUAGACAGUCAGUGGUCCAGAGACUGCCAAAUGUGGCAAGGCCGGUGGUCAAUCAGAACAACUUGGUCAAUAAUGUCCAGCAGAGGUAUUCUGAUGUGUAUUCGGUGCUGGAGUCCUUGAAGAAUCAAGGUGGAUGCACUUGUAAUCAGCAGAGGAAUUUGUUGGGUGUGUAUUGAGG